GGUCAGAGUCCAAUGCAACUGGAACAUACGUUGUGUGGCCAAGAGUUAAUAGCAUAACACUUUCCCUGACAGGAGAACAAAAGAGGAGUGAUAUUUCUGACUCAAGGCAACACAUUUCAAAGUUGAUCCCUUGUUUGAAAAAUGGAUUCAGUCUUUUCUGUAAUUGGAUCAUAUGUGGAUUGGGAUGUCAGAAGUCUUCUGAUCUUCAUAGCGGUUUUCAUCCUCACCACAGAUUAUAUUAAGAACCGCCGGCCAGCCAGCUUUCCUCCAGGACCUUGGGCUCUUCCAAUUGUAGGCAACAUGUUCUCUGUGGAUCACAACAAGGCCCAUGAGAGCAUGACACAGUUAGCAGGGAAGUAUGGAGAUGUGUACAGUCUGCGAAUGGGCCAGGAGUGGAUAGUGGUCUUAAAUGGGUAUGAGGUUUUAAAAGAAGCUCUUGUUACUCAGGGAGACAGUCUGGCAGACCGUCCAUCCCUCCCUAUGCAGCAAGACAUAAGCAAUGGAUUAGGGCUAAUUUUCAGUAGUGGACACUUGUGGAAGCAGCAGAGGCGUUUUACGCUUUCAACCCUAAGAUACUUUGGUUUCGGCAGGAAGUCACUUGAACCUGUCAUCCUGGAUGAGUUUACAAAUUGUGCAAAAGACAUUCAAAGUUAUAAAGGCAAGCCCUUCAAUCCACGACUCAUCGUUGGCAAUGCUGUCUCCAACAUCAUCUGCUCCUUGGUUUUUGGGCACCGCUUUGAGUACAAUGAUCAGAGGUUCAAGCAACUGUUAAGCUGGUUUGAGACAGGACUCCAGCUUGUAGCCUCAAUUUGGGUACAGUUUUACAACUCAUUCCCUCUACUGAUGAGACGUCUACCAGGGCCACAUCAGACCAUUCUGAACAUUUGGGAUAACGUGAGGGACUUCAUAAGAGAGGAACUGAAGGAGCACAAACAAAACUGGGAUCCCUCUGACCUAAGAGACUACAUUGACUGCUACCUGAAAGAGAUUCAGACGAGACUACAUCCACCACCCUUCGCUGGUCCUUCCUCUACAUGGCGAAGUACCCUGAGAUCCAGGAAAAGGUCCAGGCUGAGAUUGACAGAGUUAUAGGACAGUCUAGACAGCCAUCAAUGGACGAUCGUGUAAACCUGCCCUAUACUGAUGCUGUCCUCCAUGAGAUCCAGAGAAUAGGCAACAUAGCUCCUCUCAGCCUGCCUCACAUGAACA